UUAUAAACCACCCAAUCUAUUUAAAAAUGCAUUUGAGUUCAUCUAUCCAUACCCAAAGUUGUGGAAACCAUCCCAUCUCUCUUCAAUCGUUUCAUGUCCUUCAAGUUGAAAUCCAUAAAGAAGCUCAUACACGUUCAGAAAGCGUGUAGGAGCUUCACAGAGAUCUUUCGAUCAAAAUUACAGAUAAUCAAAGUGCGCAAGGCUAUAAAAAAAGUCACCACUUUUCUUCUUUCAUCACGUCAGAGAUUACGUUUUCGUCCAACGAGACAACGCCCUACCACAAGCCACUAUUUCCACCUCCUUCAAGAGGGUUCUCCGGUCAUAUUCAUCAACCAACGCUAUGUUCAAAAGUCGGGUCAACCAUCCAGGGAACCAUUUUCUAGCAAAUAUAAGGAACCUGACGUUGGUUCCACUAGCACAACUAGUACUAAUGGUAUCACUCAGGAAAAAAGUGCAGCGACGAAUCAUGUGAAACAUAAUUCGUUGCUACGUGAGAGAAAGAAAGAAGAGAAUAGAAACAAAAACAUAGACCGGUUAUACACACGUGACAUCCGAGGGGUUGAUGAGAGAGCGGCGGAUUUUAUUUCGAAGGUUCGAGAAGACAUGAAGCUUCAAAGAGAACAAUCCAUCAUCGAGUUUCAAGAAAUGUUGGCUCGAAGCGUUUGAUUUCUUUUUUCCAUUAUUAUUAACUUUACGGCAUCAACACAUAAACUUUACUUUAAAUUUUUUACUUUUUUUUCCCAUAUUAUUUUGUUGGGAAAAUGGGUAAUUUUUUUUUAAUAACAUUGCAAUAUAUAAUAUAUUUGUAUUUUUUUUUCAAAUUUAUUUUCGGGAGAAAAUGGGGAUUUGUUAUGAUAAAUAAUAACUAUGUAAUAAGGCUCACAAUUGUUUUAUAGUUUUCUUUUAUCAAUUUCUCAUGUGUAAACUAUUGGAAGUGACAUGGAAAUAUAAUUAUAUAUGUGUGAGAAGUCAUUGGGGUAUAUCGGUUUAUUUGAA